GCAUUGGCAAGCUACCAGGCUUCUCUGAGUAGCCGUUCAACCUGCUUUUCAUCUCAGCUGGUAUCAUUGUUGAUGUUUCACACGUUUAUCAUUGUCGGUGUUAGUUUUGCCUCAACCGUCCGUUUGACUGUUCACUUUCAGAUUGCCUCUGUUCUACAAGAGCUUCAUUCUGCCAAGAUGGUCUCCAGAUUUAAUCAACAACAUCUAAAGCGUGUUAUAUACCUUUUGUGUAUUUUUGCCUUAAUUGUGCUGUCCAUGUACUCAACUAAGUUCAAUUUACAUUCCUACACACCUCGGCAGCAUUGUGCAUGUAAAAAAUGUAUAACAGAUAAAGAUUCUGGGUUCCAGGCGGUUCUCGAUGCCGCACCUGUGCCUUUUUUAUCAAGAAACUAUGCAAUUGCAAAGGAUGCUUUCAACUGGUGGAAGGGCAUACAGUAUGAAAGUCGCAGCAAAGAAUACUUAAAUACGUUAUUGGACAAGUUGUUUGACAUCAUCCCGCCUCCAGCAGUUGUAGAAGCCAGUCCUGAGCGCUGCAGGUCUUGUGCCGUGGUGGGGAACUCUGGUAAUUUGAAGGGAUCACAUUAUGGCCAUCUUAUAGACUUCCAUGAUAUUGUAAUAAGAAUGAACAGAGGCCGUACCAAAGGCUAUGAGGCAGAUGUUGGGACCAAAACAACUCAUCAUGUCAUGUAUCCGGAAAGUGCGAUCAACUUGGACAACACCACUCAUCUUGUGCAUUUUCUAUUCAAGAUAAAGGAUUUGGAGUGGCUCCUCAAAGCUUUGCAAACAGAGGGAAACGAGAAAAAGAACUCAAAGAUAGCGAACAAGGAUUUGGUGAUGGUCCUCAAUCCAGCUUUUAUGAAAUAUACGUAUGAUCUAUGGCUGCAUAAAAAGGGAAGGUACCCUUCUACCGGCUUUAUGACUUUGAUUCUCAGCCUGCAGAUUUGUGAUGAGGUCAAUGUGUUUGGAUUUGGAGCAGACAGAGAUGGAAACUGGAAUCAUUACUUUGAAACACUUACAGACAAACACUUCAAAACUGGACCUCAUCCAGGAAAUGUGGAAUACGAGAUGAUUUUGCAGCUAGCACAGUACGAGAAAAUACACAUGUUUAAAGGAGCUUAAUUUGAUUAUCUUUUUUUUUCUUUGUCUCUUUCUGUCUUUGUUGAGCGUAUUAACAUGAACAGCAUCAAGAGCCUGAAGAGCCUCGAGAACAGAAUUGAAGAAAUAAUUGAAGUGGAUCAGCGCUCCGGCAUUUUCAUAGUUGUUCAUUCAGCAGAUGAGUGUGCUCGUUUUAGGGUUCCCAUUUUGAACUUCCCCUCUAGUUUUGAAUAUUCCCAUCGUGUUGAACAGUUUGGUCCUUUCCAUCAAUACACAUAAUGGUGAAUUCACAUGGAAUGGAUUGCAGCUGCUGUUCAGACCAUUAGUUUAUUGAUGGAUCAUUUAUUCAUAGGACACCCAGAAGGGGUAUUGUUGUCCCAAUCAAUGGAUGGUUUGAGCAUGACAUCCUUCAUAAAUACUGUUAACCUUUUACCUGUGCUUUGUGAGUUAGACUAUGUCUUUUUAUUUUUUGUAAGCACAGGUUAAGCAGGAGCCAAAAUUGUGCAAUCCUUUUGAGAAUCAGGCCAUUGUCCACUUUUUACAUGUGGAUAGUGAAUUUAGAUAAGCCCCCCGUCCUCCUGAAU